UAUUGUACUUACUAAUUUUGAAUAUAGGUGUCUUGCUUUUAUUGCUCCAUUGGGGGAAAAUAUUUGUAACAUAUUUUUAAAAAUAUUUUCAAGGGACAUUUUGUAGUAUUUUUUAGUAAACUGAAAUACAGAUGCCUGACAAUUUCACUUCUAGAAGUUUAUCAUACAGAAAUACAUCUAUUUAUCAUGUAGAAAUAUUUAUAUUUAUCAUAAGACAUUAUUUAUCAUAUAGAAAUAUUACAAUAGAAAUAAUGAUAUAUUUAAGAGAAUUCUUUUGCUAUAUGUUAUAGCCAAGAAACUGGAAAUGAUCUUAACGUCCAUUAAUAUGGGAACAGUUAAGUCUUGGACAUCAAUAAAAUGAAAUGCUACAUAACUUUUACAAAUAAUAUUAGUUAUCUAUUAUUGCAUAACAAAUUAUUUAAUACUUAAAACAGCAAACAUUAUCUCACCCAGUUUCUGAGGGUGAGGAAUCGGGAAGAAACUAAGCUGUCUCAAGGUCUCUCAUGAAGUUGCAGUGAAGCUGUCAGCAGGGACUAUAGUCAUCUGAAGGCUGCACUGUGGUUGGAGGAUCCACUUCUAAGAUAGUUUACUCACAUGGCUUUUGGCAAGAUGUCUCAUUUCUCAAUGAAAGCAGAAGGUCCCAAUUCCUCACCACAGGGCUGCCUAGGUUUUCUCAUGACAUGGCAUAUAGCUUUUCCCAGAGCUAGUGAUCCGAGAGAGAGCAAGAAAGAAGCUGCAGUGACUUUUAUGACCCCGCCUCCAAAGUUGCAUACCACUACUUCGUUAUCCACUUUAUUUCCUAUUCAUCAGAAGUUACUCACCAAGUUCAGCCUAUAGUCAAGGGGUGGGGAAUUAGGCUUCACCUCUUGAAUGGAAAGGAUCAAAUAAUUUGUGGGCAUGUUUAAAAAUUAUCACAAAUAAGAUAGGUCUAUCUGUACUGAAGUGGGAAGUUGUACACUAUGUAUUAAAUGAAGAAAAGAAAAUUGCAGAAUUAUCAUGUCUUUAUUAAGGAAAAAAAUCAGUGAAGUAUGAAUGUGUGUUGUGUAUACAUGGAAGAAGGUUAGAACACAGUGAAAACUGGUUAUAGUGGUUAUUUCUUAAAUUAUUUGGGGGAAGGUAGGCUUUUAAUUUUUACUUAUAUUAUUUCAGUAUUUUAAAUAUUUAUGAACUUAUUUUCAGUAAAAGAAAUUAGACUCCUAAUUGCUAGUAUGUUUUUAAAAUAAAUCCUUAAAUUUUUUAAAAAAUAACAAAUCCAGUAACUACAGAUUGAGUUUUAUUUUUAUUGUACUUUUUAUAAAAUUAGAGAUCAGUGAGUCCAUUUAUUUUCCAGACAGAUACCAACUUUCACAGUUUUCAGUCCUGUAGUUUGAGUUUCUGAGCAUCCCAAAUUUCUUUUCUUUUUUAAUUUAUAUAUUUAAAGCGGACUCAUUAUAUUUAAAAUUUAUUAAACUUAUUUUAUAAACAUUAAAAAUAGACCACUAGAUAUUUAAAUAUAUGGCUCUGAAUGUUCUCAUUCUUGAGUUCUUAUUUGUGGUUAAUGUUUUAUUGUUUAGACAAGUAUUUUCAUGUAGUUUAUUUGGAAAAUAGUAGUUUGGUGGCGUAUUUUUUACUCUUGAAUAUUUCAGUACUUCUUUCCUUUGCCCUUCUUCAUUAACACAUUAUGACAGUAUAUGGAAAUCUCAACUGACAACCCUUCAUCAAACGUUUUUAAUUUAUCUCACUUUUAUUUAAUAGGUAGUGCUGGGUUUAAAAACCUCUAUGAUGUAACUACAUAAUCUUAUACAAGUAACUUAGUCUUGCUAAACGUUAGAUUGCGUAUUCAUUUAUUGUGAAUAAUCAUACCUUAUUGGAUUGUUCUGAGAGUAAAUGAGAUAACAUAGCCCUAUUCAUACAAUAAACAUUCAAUAAGAUUUAGCUGCAGCUAUGAUGGUGCUGCUGCUGCUGAUGAUGAUAGUAUUUGGCUUUCCUUCCAUUUUCUUGUAAACUCCUUAAAAGUAUCUGUUUCCUUUAUUCUUAGUAGGUACUCAAAAUUUUAAAUUGAAAUUUAGAAUUGAGAAUGUGUGAUCAAAUAGAUACAAUGAAAAUUUUAAAACGAAAUAAAAUGGCUUUGUCACAUAACCAAUUUAUGAUCUGUUCUUUCCACUAAAAGAAUUACUUUAGGCAGUUUUAAUACAUAUAUUUAUCUGUUCUCCAUUCUAAAAUGCAUAAUAGUAGUAGAAAGCUACCUACAACAUGGGAUUUCUGUGAGGAGUAACUGAAAUACAGGUAAAAAACUUAGUUAGUAGACAAGUGCUGUAUAGGUGUUUCUUUUGAUAGUGAUGAUGUUUCAUGAUUGGAUAUAUUAUUUAGCUAUUUGACUACUAUUGUUAUUACCUCUCCUUACCUUUCUUGGUUUUCUUCUUUAUUGAAGUUCUUUUUUUUUCUAUUUGGCCUGCCACUUAUGUUAUCUGCUAAAUGUCUUUACCUUUGUCCAUCUUCUCACUUAGACUUCUUUUUCCUAGAAAGCCUGAUCUUUGACCAGAUGGCAGUAACAUUUGAAGAUGUGACUAUUAUUUUUACUUGGGAGGAGUGGAAAUUCCUGGAUUCUUCUCAAAAAAGACUCUACAGGGAGGUCAUGUGGGAGAACUACACAAAUGUCAUGUCAAAAACUGGAAUGAGAGCUACAAAUCCCAAGAAGAAAAAUUCAGAUACUUAGAAUAUGAAAAUUUUUCCUGCUGGCAAGGCUGGUGGAAUGCUGGCGCCCAGAUGUAUAAGAAUCAGAACUAUGGGGAAACUGUUCAAGGGACAGAUUCCAAAGACCUAACACAGCAAGAUCGUUCCCAGUGUCACGAAUGGUUAAUACUCUCCACACAAGUACCAGGGUAUGGGAACUAUGAACUGACUUUUGAAAGCAAAAGUCGCAGGAACUUAAAAUAUAAAAAUUUUAUGCCUUGGCAGUCCUUAGAAACAAAAACCACUCAAGACUAUGGUAGAGAAAUCUACAUGAGUGGUUCACAUGGUUUUCAAGGGGGCAGAUACCGUCUUGGCAUAUCCAGGAAAAACCUCUCCAUGGAAAAAGAACAGAAGCUCAUAGUUCAGCAUUCUUAUAUCCCAGUGGAGGAAGCCCUUCCACAGUACGUUGGGGUGAUAUGUCAAAAAGACCUACUGAGAGAUUCAACGGAAGAAAAGUACUGUGGAUGUAACAAAUGUAAAGAAAUUUAUUAUUGGAACUCACGGUGUGUUUUCCACAAGAGAAAUCAGCCUGGAGAAAACCUCUAUCAAUGUUCCAUCCGUAAAGCAUGCUUCUCUCAGAGAUCAGACUUGUAUAGACAUCCAAGAAUCCACAUAGGUAAGAAGCUGUACGGAUGUGAUGAAGUUGACGGUAACUUUCAUCAGAGCUCUGGAGUUCACUUUCAUCAAAGAGUUCACAUAGGGGAGGUACCUUAUAGCUGUAAUGCAUGUGAUAAGAGCUUCAGCCGGAUCUCUAGUCUUCACAAUCAUCAAAGAGUCCACACAGAAGAGAAAUUCUAUAAAAUCAAGUGUGAUAAAGACCUCAGUAGAAAUUCAUUACUUCACAUUCACCAGAGACUUCACAUAGGAGAGAAGCCUUUUAAGUGCAAUCAGUGUGGUAAGAGUUUUAAUCGGAGUUCAGUACUUCAUGUUCAUCAGAGAGUCCACACAGGAGAAAAACCAUAUAAGUGUAAUGAGUGUGGUAAGGGUUUCAGCCAGAGCUCAAAUCUUCGAAUUCAUCAGUUAGUACACACAGGAGAGAAGUCUUAUAAAUGUGAGGACUGUGGUAAAGGCUUUACCCAGCGCUCAAAUCUUCAAAUUCAUCAGAGAGUGCAUACAGGAGAGAAACCUUAUAAAUGUGAUGACUGUGGAAAGGACUUUAGUCACAGCUCAGAUCUUCGCAUUCAUCAGAGAGUCCAUACAGGGGAGAAACCCUAUACUUGUCCUGAAUGUGGGAAGGGCUUCAGUAAGAGUUCAAAGCUUCACACUCAUCAAAGAGUACAUACUGGAGAGAAACCCUACAAAUGUGAAGAGUGUGGCAAGGGAUUCAGUCAGCGUUCACAUCUUCUCAUUCAUCAGAGAGUCCAUACAGGAGAAAAGCCCUAUAAAUGUGAUGAUUGUGGAAAGGGUUUUAGUCACAGUUCUAAUCUUCACAUUCAUCAGAGGGUCCAUACAGGAGAGAAGCCUUAUCAAUGUGCUAAGUGUGGUAAAGGUUUCAGUCAUAGCUCAGCUCUUCGAAUUCAUCAAAGAGUCCACACAGGAGAGAAACCUUAUAAAUGUCGUGAAUAUUAUAAGGGAUUUGAUCAUAAUUCACAUCUUCACAGUAGUCAUAGAAGAGGAAACUUAUAAAUAUUGUUCAUUUAGUUAACAGCUUUAAUCAAAGUUUACCUAACCUUUAAACCCUAUAAAUGCUGCUGUUAAGGAAAUCUUAUAAAUAACACAAGUAAUCCCAAGCAACAUUUAUAGUUUCCCCUAUCUCCCACUAAGAAUUAUUUGCUUCAAAAGGAGAUCUUUAGAAAAAUCCCUAUAUAUUUAAAAUUAUAGUGUAUUUUUCUUUACCUACUAUAAAUAUAAUACAGUCAUAAAUAUAUUAAACAUUUAAGGAGAAAACUCUUCGUCCUAUUUCAUUCUAGUCUUUUUUUCUGUGCAUUUUAAUGUGCAUGAAAUUAUAUUGUGUGUUCAACUUUGUAUUUUCACUGUCUUCAAAAUAUUUACUUAAAUUUUGGUUUGAAUUGAAACUGGUUGGCCAUCUGUUAAACAACAUCUCUUAACUCCCCUAAAAAGUCCCUAGGAAGUAACAGAAAAGAUGGAAACACACAGAACUUGAAACUCAGUUUUGGCCGGUAGAAUUCAAUUAUUUAUGGACAAAAGCCACCUAAUAAAAGACAGGAAAGCAUUGUAUGA